AUGGAAUUUAAUUAAUCUGAUCUCUUUUUAAGAGCUAUCUCUAUUUGUGAAUUGCAAAUGAAAUCAAAUACAGAUUUAGAAUAUUACAAUUCUUGCACUAAUGAAUACUUAAAAUAUAAGACUGAAUAAAAUAAUUUAACAAAAGAAUUUUAAAUUUGUGAUAAACAAUGUAAUGAAUAAAAUGAAUGUAAAAGAAAAUGUUUAAGAUUAUUAACUGAUUAACAAUAAUCAUUAAUGCAAUAUUUUGUGAAAAUUAUUUGA